AUGAAUCUUUCGCCUCAACACCCAUCGGGAGAACUUCAUACAAUCAACAGCUCUUUGGAAAUAUUACCAACAGUUUCGUCUUCUAACAUUGAAGAAGAAUCAGAAACAAAAUUCGAAACGGUUUCGGAUAAAAAUUACAUGACACCAAUAACACAACAAGAAGAAGCAUCAAUUGAUGCCUCUUAUGAUUAUGAGGAUGAGAAUAUUAAAUCUCCUCCUCACACAAAACAAAUGCACAAACAAAAUAGUGAAAAUAAUCUAAUCAUCUCCUCAUCACCAUCCUCUUCCAGCAUUCUCGACAUGAUCAUUGACCAAGAUUCGAAUAUAAACCAAGAAGAAUUAGAAAUCAACCGAAGGAACACUAUCAAUAUCGUCCCAACCCAUUUCGUUCACAAACGUGGUUCACAAGAAUUACCAGAACUCGUUUCUCCCUACAGAAAAAUAGCAACAACUAAUAAUCUGAAAGCAGCACUUAAGAAUAGUUCUUCUGCUUCUUCUUCACAACAGAAAUUGAAUAAGAGUGGGAAUAGUGCAUCCUAUUCGAAAAUUGAAUCAAAAAGUGGUGAUGCUUAUAAAUCACUUCAAAUAUUGACGAAUAAUCAGAAGAAUAGUCAAGUUUCGUCGUUGAAUAAUGGAGGAAAUAAUGAAUCAUUUUCCAAAUACAAGUAUGCAUUGGAAAAUGAUGAUUUUUCACAGAUUGAUUUUGGAUUGGAAGUUAAUUCUGCACAAACAAGUGCCUCGGAAAUUACAUUUCCAGUGCCAAACAAACCAAAUGCUUUCUAUGGAAAUGCACAAAAUUCCAAUGCAAAUGGAAAUUACUUUUUCAAUGGACAUCAUAAUACUGCCUCUGUUGAUGAGACGAUAAUGAGAAAGAAUUCAGUGAUAGAUGAUUCAGUUUCAGAUAGUGGAGAAUUGGAAAUUAGCAAACAUUACGAAUUGUAUUUGAUUUGUAUUGGUGAUUUGGAUAAUUGUCUAGUUCACAAAAUGUUAAAAACUGCUGGAGGUCAAAUGUACAUAUCAAAUAGACAAGUUAGCUUUAUUUUGAGGAAUAACAAUGAAAAGGUCACGUGCACUUUCAAUUUCUAUUCACAAUUCAAUUGGUAUUUGAUGGAUUUUUUGAAAGAUGAAGCAAAGGAUUGUCACGGAUUAUUAUUCAUGUUUAAUAUUACUCAUUCAGAGGGAUGGAAUGAACUCAAACAGACCAUUAGCAAAAAUGCUAACAAUAAUAAUCAUGACCAAGAAGAUGUUCCACCACCAUUAAAAAAGCAAGCCAACCAGUUGAAUUUGAUGACAAAUGUCAUUAUCCGAACCUCUUUCAAGGAUUAUCAGGUACAUGAUUUAAUUGUGAAGAGAAGUGGUCUUUUUAAAAUCAUGUUAGAAUCACAUGAAACUUGGAAUUUGGAGAAACAAGAUGGAAAGCCAAUUAUUAAUUUAAUAACAAUGGAAAAAUCCAUUUUCAAUGAUGGAAGUGAGAUUACACAAGAGGAUUUUGAACUCGUUAUGAGAUACUUGUAUUCUGAUGAGAUUGUAGUAGAGGAAUUGGAUGGUGAUAGAGUCAAGAAAAUUGUUUUUAUGGCCAGAUUCUUUGAUUUGGAUUGUUUGAAUGAAUAUCUAUUGAGAAUAUAUGGAAAUGAAGAAAAUUUGCAAUAUUCAGGAAUAUAUUUUCAAAUUAAACACUUGUUGGAAAGAGAGUUUACACAAGAAGACUUUGUUGCAAUGGUAUUUAAUGAUUAUCAGGAUUGGGAAACGUAUACCAAUGAGUUGGUUGAUUUGAUUUGUCAACAAGAGAUUGUUCCUCUUGAGAAAAAGCUAAAAUUACUGAGAGAGCAAAUUAAAUAUCAUAAUCAAGUAACAACCAUUACCAGUGACCACUUGAAACCUUUUGAAAAGUCAUUUCCAAUACUACAUUUGCAAGCUAGGAGUAUCUUCAAAAAUCAAAUAGAUCAUUCUCAUAAUUGUGAAGAAAUUGCCAAAUUAUUAGGUAUUGAUUUGUCUCCAAUUAAUGGAACGAUUGAGAAUAAUGCAGAAUUACUGAGCUCUCAAUCUAUUACCAAUUACUUGCUUGUGGCUGAUGAGGAUAAUUAUGGAAUAAUUAAAUUAUUUGAUGGAAACUUGGUGAUAAAUAUUAGAUGCCAAGAGUUCGAUUCAGCUUAUUCGUGGUAUUUAAGAGCUGAAGACAGGGCCAACUCAAACUCUGUUACUAUUUACUAUCAAUAUGGCAAUCAACCAAUUACCAAAAUUAGAAGAUGUGAAUUUAAAAUUCACUGUGAACAAUACAAGAAUUGUGGACUAGUCAACAUACUCGUUAUGAUUAAAAAAUAG